AUGCUGAAAUCGUAUUGGGUAUGCGUUGUCGUCGCUCUGUGCGCUCUAUUGAUGGGCUCUGUCAGCGCUCAACAGAAGAGAAGCUCGAUGGGAGGAUCGGCGUUCGGAAGUCUCGACCGAAUUCCGCUCUCAUAUCUCAAGAAAUUCUACGGAAUCCCGAAGAACGCCAAGCGCGAUCCGAGCGAUUUCGACAAAUACAUGGGAUACCGCGAUGAUUACUAUUGA